CGCUUCCUCGGGCCAGGCGGUCGUCGGUGGAAUCCAUCGCCCCGAAGCAAGCAAGCCGGCGGAAACCCCCUCCUCAGGAAAGCGGUGGGGGGCGCAGGUCGUGCCGAGAGGUGAGCGCGAGGGCCCCGAAGAGUGAGGGGAACAGAAGUGUCAUCAACCAAAAUACCAACCACCCUAUGGACCAGUCUUCUGCCACAUAAAUUGAUUGCGUUUUGACAUUUGACACAGGAAGCCCUAAAACUGGGAUCAAGGAUGACAGGAUGACACAGUUCUGAAAGGGGGAAAAAGAAGACGGAAGUGCCAGAAGAAUAUGGAAGUAUAUGAUUAUUUUUAUUCUAUUGGAACUGAGUUUUAAAUGGUCCAUCUUCAACAAUGAGUGACUAUACUGCAGCAACGAUGGAUAAAAAUGGAACUUGGGUUUUUUUCACAAAUACUUAGUGCAGGAAUCAUCCAAGGACUACUGCACCUGUUCUGCAUCAAUCUUUGUAGAAUGCUAUAGACUUGCUUGUUUAGCUGAAUCCCGUUCACCUUCAAAGAAUUAGACCUUAAAAGUGAAUAAAAAGGGAACCUUUGUGGAUAUUCUUAUUGAACAUGACUCAUGGAGAAGAGCUUGUCUCUGAGAUGCACCAGGAUUCUGUUGUUCUAACUUACCUAGAAGGAUUACUAAUGCAUCAAGCAGCAGGAGGUUCGGGUUCUGUGGUUGAUAAAAAGCCUGUUGGGCCUGAUGCAGAAGAGCAGAACUUCAAAGUUUCUGGAAAUACAUCUCCCACUUGUCAGAGAGAUGGUCCAGUUCCUAACACAAAUAUAUAUCGAGGUUCUAGUAUGCUGCACCAUAAAAAGGCAAGACUAUUACAGUCUUCUGAAGACUGGAAUGCUGCAAAGAGAAGACGGCUGUCUGAUUCUAUUGUGGAUUUAAAUGGAAAAAAAGAAGCUUUGUUAGCUGGCAUGGUUGAAAAUGUGCCUAAAGGCAAACAGGAUAGCACAUUACUGGCCUCUUUGCUUCAGUCAUUCAGCUCUAGGCUUCAGAGUGUUGCUUUGUCACAACACAUUAGGCAGAGCCUCAAGGAGCAAGGGUAUUCCCUCAGCCAUGAUUCUCUGCAAGUUGAGAAAGACUUAAGGUGCUAUGGUGUUGCAUCCAGUCACUUGAAGACUCUGUUGAAGAAGAGCAAAGCAAAAGAUGAAAAGCUGGAAGCAGGUCUGCCUGAGGGAACAGCAAAUACAGUUAAAGAUCGGUUUAUAGAGUCUUCACAUACAGGACAGAGUGGUCCAAAGGUGAUGAGUGAGUCACUCUCUUGUGCUGCACGACUACAAGCUGUUGCAAGCAUGGUAGAAAAAAGAUCUAGUCCUGCUACAUCUCCCAAACCCAGUGUGGCUUGUAGUCAACUAGCUUUGCUUCUUUCAAGCGAAGCACACUUGCAGCAGUACUCCAGGGAACAUGCUCUAAAAGCACAAAAUGCUAAUCAGAUUGCAAGUGAGAGGCUUGCUGCUAUGGCAAGAUUAAAAGAAGGUAUUCCAAAAGAUGUUGGACAUUUCAAACUAUCCAAAGGAGCAGAAAGCCAUUUGAAUGGUCAAGUAAGAUCGUCAUCCAAAUCAAUACCCAACAAAAGCAAUAUGAAACAUUUUCAGAGUCCCAUGGGCAUAAUUCAUUCAUCUCCCAAAAGCAUAAGCUAUAAAGCAACAGUGGAAAAAAAUCAUUUCAAGCCACCAAACAAUAGUAGUUUACUUUUGCACCUCCUUAAAAAUCACAGUGCUACCAAGCAGAUUAUGGGGUACGAACAGAAUGACCGAUCAAGUAUUUUUGAGGAAAGUAGUACACCAACUACUGUUGAUGACUACUCUGACAACAAUCCAAGUUUUACAGAAGACGACAGCAGUGAUGAUGAAAGUUCUCAUUCUAAUUGUCUUCCUAUAGAUUUAUCUUUCAAACAGAAAACAAAUACAUCAGAUCCUGUGCCACCAUCUUCUCUUGAUAACUUAACACAAUCCCUACUUCAUAAAGUUCCUCCUCUAGAAAAUAUGCAAGAAGAAGAUCCCUCUAAAAGUACAAAACUGAAUCCACAUCAAAAAGUAACCUUGCUUCAACUAUUACUUGGCCAUAAAAAUGAUGAAAAUUUUGAGAAAAUUACCGAAACAGAAGGAACAUUAGUUGCAACUGAUGUCGUAAAGUUUAAUGUGCCAACAGGUAAUAGAUCUCCUGUGACAGAUUGCUCUAGUGCAAAUCGAAUUACUCCAGUAACCACUCCCCCUUCGCUAACUUCUACAAAAUCUGAUUCACCUAUCAACCUUUCACAUCAUUCUCCCUUAUUGAUCAAACAUAGUUCAUCACCAUAUACUUGCAUUAUACAGCCUGAGAGACUAAUUAAUCCAGCUUCUAAACACUUGAUAGAUCUAACAGUACACAAAGAACUUCAAGGAAAUAAGCAGAACAGAAAAGAAAAUGUACGAACAUCUUCAUCUUUUAGUGCAAGUAAACUUUUGCAGAACUUAGCUCAGUGUGGGAUACAGUCUUCCGUGUCAGUGGAUGAACAAAGACAAACAUGCAAACAGGUAAUGACAUUGAACACAGAGAAGCCAGUUGGAUUGAUAGAUGGGUUGAGUAGCUCCCUAGCUGCUAACACAGCAGGUGUGCUUGAAGAAGAAAAAAUACUUAGUAAUCAGCCUCUACCAGCAGAACAAAAAUUUGCUAGUUCAGAAAUCCAGAAUCUGCUUGAAAGACGCACUGUCCUCCAGUUGCUUCUUGGAACAUCAAAUAAAAGUGUGAGUGAAGCAAAAGACUUAAUGCCUUCAAAAGAAGAAAAUUUACAAAACACAACAGAAAAAGCUUUGAAUGAGCCAAGGUUAAGUGUAAAAAUAAAAUCAGAACCUUCUGAGGAAUCAAAUGACCAUCAGAAUUUAAGUGCACAACAAAUAAGGGAAAGUGUUAACAAGAAAUUCCAUGGAAUAACUCAUUCAUUAGAAAGAAAUGCAGCUACGUCUCCAGCAUCAGAAGAAUUUAAACCCAAUCCUCUCUCUCCUCAAGAUUUUUCUUUUUCCAAAAAUGGCCUACUCAGUCGACUGCUUAGACAGAAUCAAGAUGCUUACCCUAUAGAUGAUCUUGAUAGAAGCCACAGAAACAGUGAACAGACAUUUGUGGAAUCAAAAAGUCACAGCACUGUCCCAAAGAAGAGAAAGCUUCAUUCUGAAUUUCCAGAAGGUUCUUUAAAAAUAGUAAAAGGUAACAAGGGUAACAUACCUGGUGUUGUGAAUACUCAUAGACUUUCUGCUGAUGUCUUGUAUGGGACUGGUCUUAACCAGAAAGAAUUAAAUCUUAGCAGAACUGACCUGGAAUUAAAAUAUUCUUCAGGACAUGCUUCUAAUAAUGACAGUGAAAGUAGGAGUUGGUCUAGGGAAAGCAAAGGGUUUAAUGUGCUGAAACAAUUGCUCCUGUCAGAAAACUGUGAAAAAAACAUGCCUCAGCAUAGGAAUAGUUCACCAGUAACCGAUGGCAAAAAGAAAAGUAACAAAAGUAAUAUUACAAAUAAUAGCAAAGCUGAAUUCAAUGUCUCUCCGGUCCAUACAUUUGUAGGAAACCCUGGGCAACAAUCCAAUUGUUUGGAUCACCGAACAUUUCAGUAUUCAGUUGCAGUAAAGAGUCCUGCCAGUUCUCCCUUCACUGAGCACUUAGGAGGCACAGUGUCAUCAAAACAUGAAUGUGACCAGUUUAGUGUUUGCCACAUACCUAGUGAAAAGGGACCUAUAAAAUGGGUCAUUACAGAUACAGACAAAAAUGAGCAUGAGAGGGAGUCCCCAAGACUGACCAAAACAAAUCCAAUAUUGUAUUACAUGUUACAAAAGGGGGGCAGUUCUGUUAAUAUUCAGGAAGCACACAGCAAAGAUGCCUGGAGUAAUACAUCAUUUACAGAAAAUUCAUCAACUGUCACAUUCAAGAAAGAAUUGUCACCUCUUGGAGAAUGUAAAGUACCAUUUCAUAAUGUAAGAAAUACAUACAGUAAUCAUUCAAAUAAUAAAGUGUCCCUUCAACACAAUGUGAAUGGAGAUGUAUAUGGACUCUUAGGAAAAGUGAUAACAAUAAAAAAAGAACCAGAGUAAAUUAUCCUAUAAACUGUUUACAUGCAGGUUUAAGUCUUUACUUUUAAAAAUAGUGUUAUAUAAAUCUAGCAUGAUUUGAGAAAAGCAUGGUAUAACUGAAACAUGGUUUUGUUUGGUGAACAUUUUUGCUGAUAUUUAGAGUACAUAUUGCUUUUUUCUCUUAUUUUGGUCUUUAUAGGACAUAUGUCACAAUUUAAUUAACAAGUUAUUAAAUAUAUAAGUCUUCAUGUGAAAUUUGUGGCUGGGAGACCUAGGUUCCUCUUGCACUUACUUUUCCUGACAUAAUUGCUGCUGCUAUUACAGUCCUCUAACACCAGUCUGAGUAUGUGUUAAAGAUUCCAUCCAAUGUGGUUCAGCUUCCUCACAUGUCUCCAGUUCAUGCCAGUAAUGAAACAUGGACCUCCUGAUUUGCUAUGGUGACAUGUAGGUCAUUUGCAAAUAUGGUGGGGAACUGAACCACAUGGGUAGACCUGGCUUGUGAAAAAUGAACCAUAUGGGUAACAGCAACUAUAAUGGGAAGGAGGAUCUUACUUGGAACUACUGGUAUUACACAUGUAACACAAUGUGACACAUUACUGGAAGCAGAGUCUUUUGCACCAUUUUAUCUUGUUUUGUAAUAUACUUACUUUUAAAAUUCUAAGUACUGGGGCAGUUGAAUUCUGUGUUUUUCAUAAAUUUAUGAAAUGUGAAGAAUAUUUUUUAUAAAUGGAACACUCAGACCAAACUGUGUGUUUAUUUUAUUUGUAAUCCUCAUCAGUGUUGACUAGAGAAAUGGACAGAAAUGAAACUUUUAGUGCUUCCAAAUGGCUUUUAAUUAUCUUUUGAUAUCAAGGAGAAAUGCAGAAAAUAUGUCUUUUCUUUUUGUUGCAUUUGGAAAUUGCCUCCUACAGACACUCGGCAGAAGAAAACACAUAGUUUACUACUUUUUUAAAAAAAAAAUUAACCUGGAUUUAUGAAACGCUGGCAGUAAAAGUAGAUAUCUUGUCCACUUUCACUUGUUUGUUCAUUUACACUUGGUUAAGUCACCUCAUGAGUUCAGUACUUGAGAAAAGCUUGAUUUUCCAGAACCAAUUUUGAUUUUGUUUUAAGACAGAUAUAUAAUAGAAUGGUUUAACCAUCACCUUGGUCUCAAUUAGCAUCAAUUAGUCUGUGAACAUUUAUGGUAAAUGUAUUAGACUAUACUGUCCUGGAAUUAAUAAGGCUAUUCUAAAUUGAAAGAGUGGAAUUACCAUUUUAUAAAUGGAAAUCCAAGAAACAAAAAGAUUUCAAUGUAUUCUAAAACUGAUAUUAAAUGAAGUGCAAGCAAGCUUUCAUUUAAUUGACUACCUUGUUUGUAAAUGAUGAGAGAUGUGUAAACAAUCAGCAAGGAAAUACCACUAAGAUUUAACAAAAUUGUUUUUACUAUCUUCAGUAUUUUUGAAAUAGAUUGUUCAAGUAGGAUAUUUUUGAUUAAUCUUUAAUUUCAUUUCAAUAAAAUUCUGUCUGCUGCAAUAACAUAAAACAUGUAAUAUUCUGAAUAACCAUCCUGUUGAUUCUGAAUAUUUAGAUUUUGUAACACAUCAUGAAGGGCUAAAUCCAACAUCCCACUGGUACUCACAGCCUUCCCUCCCCUUCAGCCCUUUAUGUUGUCCCCAAAACAGCCUCUCAAAGGUUUCUAAACCCCCAAGCUCAGUUUUUGAGUGAAUAUAGGAGGCUACAGUGGUACGGGGGAUCACUUCCUCCUGGUUCCACUGGAUCCUGCCAUCCAGCAGAAUACCAUCAUUGGCUCCUGUCUAAAUUUACAGAUAUACAUACAGAAACACAGAAUGCUCAGUAACAGGUUUCAUUGUAACCCAGUCAAGACUUAUUGAAGUCUUCCACAGAUUUUUGAGGGGUUUUAGUAGUGCCUUGGAGCAAACAGAUAAUUUCAGUACAGCUCACUUUACUGAGGGAUUUAAACUAUGAAGAAUACAUGUGUAUUACUCUUCUAUAUAUAAGAUAUGCAUUUCAGUCAACUUCCAUUACAAGCAUGGCUUCAGUUGAAAACUAUCAUUUGGCUGCUGCAGUCCUACCCUUUUAUCUGGAAUAUAGCUCUAUUGAAUUAAAUGUGGUGCACUUUUGAGUACACACAUACAAGAUUAUGCUGAUGAAGUAAGUGUUUUAAUUUGUUUCAAAUCAUUUCAAACUUGAACAGUAAAAACUGAAAUAUCACAUAUUCAAACUAAGUAGUAGUUGUGUUUUAGAUCAGUGGUUCUUAACCUUUGUUACUCGGAUAUUUUUGAACUGCAACUCCCAGAAACCCCAGCCAG